UACAUUUUUUUCGCAAGCCGUUGCUGGUUUUGGCCUCACCGCCUACGGAAAUUUUAUGGUUAAAUAAAAAAUUAAAGUAAAAAAUAGCAUUAAUGCAAAGAACCUUUAAUAACUGAUUCUAUGGAAUAUAAAUGUUUAGAAAAGUGGAAAGUGAGUUAAAUUGAAUUGAAGUUAAAAGUUGGUGCAUUAACUAUAUUUAAAGCUAGAGUAAUUUUAACGAUUCAGAUAUUUGAGAUUGGCGACUAACAAUAUACAAAACAAAAAAAAAGUAUGAUAUUGUUUUGUGAAUGAAAUUAUGAUUGUGUCGUAAGUGCAUUGGAGGUUUCGAGCUAAAAUAUGUGAAGAGCCCCAUAGAAAAUCAUGUGAAAAAUCGAUUGGAAAGUUAGGCUGGAAAUGUGUGUGAAACAACAUCUUUCCAAUAUAUGGAAUAUAACGCUGUGAAUUGUUUGCUUGAGACUUUUAGUGCAAAAUGUCAAAGUUUGACAAUCGCCGCCAAUAAAUGACAUCAGUAAGAAAAACUCUGUAAAUAUUUGCAACAAUUGCAAAUACGCAAAAGCUAAUAAAGAAUAAUAACAGUGAAUGGUGGGAAUGCAUGUGCGGAGGUGAGGGCCAAAGGCAAAUAAAUGUGGAAGAGCAAGGUGAAGAUUUAUACAAACGUUCCCAGUUCCUGAGAGUGACGUUUUCGAAAUAAUGGAAUCAAAUCCCAAUGGGAUAAAAAUAGAGCCUACACUAGAACAGCAGCAGCAUUCACAGUACGCAACACAUCUACUAGCAUUGAAUGGACACAAUGCACGGCUUCUCAUCGAGCACCCGUCUACGUUGCUGGUGCCAUUGUCUCAUCAGCAGCAACAGCAGCAGCACCAGCAGCAGCAGCAACAGCAACAGCAUCAAUUACAUCAGCAACAUCAACAGCACCACUUUCAACAACAUGAUCAACAAUUACAACAACAGCAACUACAGUUAAGCACAUUACCAGGGUACCCGCAACCGCUUUCACUAAAGCAACAGCCCGCCUCAACCCCGGUACCCGGGGGUGUUACCACAACACACGGUCCUACAUCAGUUACAUCGUCUACUUCCUCACGUACAGCAGCUCAACGCUGGAACGAAAGCCCUGAAGCCCGCGCUCGUCGGUUGGCACGCAAUGCUGAAAGGAUGCGUGAAAGGCGUAACCGCGAAAAUGAAGAGGAGUACCGUAAGCGUCUCGCAAGAAACGCUGAGGCGAAUCGUUUGCGCCGCCAAAAUGAGUCGGAUAUGGAACGAGCAAUGCGCCUUGUGCGUAAUGCAGCUAGGCAGAGACUUCGUCGAGCAAUGGAAUCGCCAGACCAGCGGGCUAAACGACUUCAGAAGCUUGCUGAACGUAUGCGCCUCUACCGUGCUAAUGAGACACCAGAUCAGCGAAAAGUACGUUUGGCAGAAAUGGCAGCACGAGCACGUCAACGCAUUGCAAGUGAAUCUUCAGAUCAACGCAAGGAGAGACUGAGGAAGUUAAACGAAUAUGCAAAAAAGGUCAGAGAAAAUAAGAAAAAAUCCAAGCACGAGCAAAGUGAGAAUUCGCAGAAUUCGAGCCAAUUGCAAAGUACUGCUGCCAGUUCCACUAAUGAAAAUAUCAAUUUGAACCAGGCAGCCCCGCAAUCAACAGUCGCAACAAACAGCAACCUAGAGCAACAACAACCACAACAAUCCAAUGACGAACAACUAGCACCUUAUCAACCACAGCAGACGGCGUUGACCAAUCCCAUAGAGUACUAUCAGAAUAUGUUCAUGAGUCCGGCAACUUUGAGACCCGCUUUACUUAAACAGGAGCAAUUGACAGCACAGCAGCAACAGCAACAACAAUCAAUGCAGCAAGGACGUUUUACACACCAACAGCAGCAGCAACAAACAAUACUAGAUUCUGAAUCAAAUAGCAUGUUCCCUCAACAACUGUAUGACAAUGAUCAGAAACCUCCAGGGGCGGGUAAUGGGACUGCAACAACAUCAUCUAAGUUGCCACAAGCGCAUGUACCACAAUUCAGCACUAUAGCCAGUUCCCUUGAAUUCUAUCAAAACAAAUAUAUGAAGAAGCAGGAACUUCAGACAAACAAUUCAACGAAUAACAGUGGAUCUGUUGGGGGCUCCAAUUUGCAGAACGAUUCAAAGGUGAUCGUAGCAUCCACGUCCAACAGUGAGAAUCAGAAAUUAAAAAGUUCACAUCCUCAAAUACAGAACCCUCCUACUCCGCUAUAUAAUCAAUUUCCUUAUUUAGCUACAUUUCCAGCAGCUGCAGCCAACACUGGAUCGACCGUUGUGACUUCACCAUCUAGCACACCUGCACAAGCUACCUAUUAUCCUAUGUAUCACAAUGGAUUUCAGCUAAGUAUUCCACCGAAUACAGUACCACCCCCAUUCACGCCCGUGCAUUUCACUAGCAAUACGACCAACUCCGGGACAUCGCCAUCGUCUGGACAAGUUGCUCAAUCUACAGUUGGCGGAGCUUACAAUUUGCUUGCGAACACAUCUAUAACUGCUGCUGCAGCCGUAGCAGCUGUUGCCUCAACCGCUACACAACAACAAGCUAUACAGGAUUUUCCAAAACCGGUCCGCGGUCGCCCUAGAAAAAUCAUCUUCUCGAGCACUGGCACAGUCAACAACGCCUCUACUCCGAGCAGCACGGGAGACACAAAAAACGGCAUUUAUCUGCUGCCCACAGGAUCCACUGAAUCACCGGAGGACGCUCUACGGCAACAAAAGGUGAGCGCUUUGCUUGAGCAGGAAAUCAAUCAGAUGCUCUCAUCACCACAGCAGACACAGCGCCGCGGACGUGGUCAACAACAUUCCUCGCCCACCGGCUCGACCCGGGGCAGCGGGCACAAAUAUGAAACCGAUGAAGACAAACGAAGACGACUGGACAAAAUGGCAGCACAUCAAAGGGAGGUGAGGGCGAAUGAGACCCCUGAACAGCGGGCAGUCCGUUUAGCAAAGCUAUGUGAACGAGCCCGUCUGAAACGUGCAGAAAUACGAGCAACCGAAUCGACAGAAGAACGAAAAACACGUUUAUCGAAGCAGGCGGAGUACGCACGAAUGCGUCGUCUACGAAGUCAUUCUCGCCGCCGCACUGAAGACAGAGCACGCGAACUUUACGAGGAACUUAAAAAGGAUGUCGAUAUUUCUAGUGACGGUAAUGACUCCACCGCUAACAGUAAACUUCAGCCACAAGAACAGCAACAGGAAAUACUUCAGCAACAGCAGCAACAACAACAACAGCCGCUUCAACAGCAGAUGUUACAUACAAAUGAUUCUUCAAAUAUGGUCGCAGCUCAACUUCAGCAGCAGCAACAACAGCAGCGUUUUUUAGCUUUAGCCAAUUCGCAAGCACCUCAACAGCCAGAUCCACAGCAGAACCAACAACAACAAAUGUCAGCCUCUAACAACGCCCCCUACGGUAAACCGCCGUGCAAGGAAUAUAAUACCCAGCCUGAGAAUAAUGAUAUGCUUAAGAUCCUCGAACCUAUCAUCGUAAUGAAAACAAAAUAAAUCUAACUAUUACAUAAAAAUUUAGCAAGUACGCAUUAAAACAAAAAAUACACAAUAAUCUAUCAGUAAAACACAGUUUAUGAUAAAUACAUCUUCACGACGUCCACGGAAACAUGAUCAUAUGUCAACACGUGGUAGCUUGAACUACAAUAUAUCACCGAAGUCACCACAAAAUGCUAGAAGCAGCAAUUAACAUAAAAUUCUUUAUAGAAAUGAAAAGAAAAAAAAAAAGUAGCAGUAGCAAUUGGAAUGAUAACAGUUUUGAUUAACUAUACCUAUGACGGGUACUUGCAUACGUACAUACAUAUAUAUACACAUAUAUACAUAUAUUCAUAUGUAAGUUUUAUGUUCAUGCAGUAUACCAUAUACUACAUACAUAAUUAUGGCAAAUUUAUAUACACUAGUAACACUCAAUGUAUGUAGAGCUCGUGUAAACAUAAUAAUAAUAUUACUGUGUAAUAAGUAUAAUAAUGAUCAUGGUAAAGUAAAGAAUAAAGUCAAUAAUUUUUUUAAAGUAGAUUAAACACA